ACAAGAGGAUUUUAACACGACCAGAAGACAGCAAAAAAAAAAAAAAAAAUCUCAGAAUGACUGGCCGAAGGAAGACUAAACAAGCUGAACUUAUGAACGACCCAAUACCAACUAUGGAACAAUUCAGGCAGUUAGAACGAAAGAUAACCUUGGCAAAUACAAAAAUUACGGAAUUACAUCAAGAUAAUAUAGAGCUACGCAAAACUAUUGAUGAAUUAAAGGCCACAUCUGAACAGCAGUGUGAAAUAUUGAGACAGCUAAUCAACAACGCAGAAUCAAAAUUUAUAGUCGAAACGGCAAGGCAGGACAGGCUGAUUAAAAACAUUACGGAAGCACCAGAAAGAGUUAGGGACGUAAUUCACCGGCCACAACCAGUGGAAAUUAACAUGCCGACAUUCAGUGGAGAAAGACCAUCAGACCAUCCGAAGAAGUUUCUAAAAGAAAUCAACACGUAUUUCACACACAAAAGAAUUGCUGAUGAAGAUAAAAUGGUGGUAAUCGAGAACUGUUUACAAGGAAAGGCAGCUAAGUGGUUUGGUAUGAUCAAAGAUGCCACACCGAAUGAAGAAACAUUCAAGGAGCUAUUCUUAAAACAUUUCUUUUCUGAAAACACGCAAUGGGAAAUUUUUAUAAAAUGCACUGAGGCCGGCAAACGCCCAAUACGAACUAAUUACCAAGAACAUUUUCAUCAUUGGAUGUCGGAACUCAGAUUUUUAGACUCACCAAAACUAACCGAAGAUCAGGCAAUAAACCUCAUCGCAAAACACUUCCCAAUCGCCAUUCAAGCUUAUAUACAAACAACUCAAGAAAGGAAAUUUAUAGAUAUCUGGGAAAAACUUGGCGAACUAGAAAACAACGAUAGAUCGGAUCGACAAAACAUGAAGACCGGAGGGUCAGGAUGGAGAAGACCCAAUAAUGACCAAAUACCAAUUUCCCAGAUCAACAACAGACCACCUAAUUAUUUACAGCCAGAAAAAAAGGCAAUGAUCAAUUUAUAUAUUGUGCAUAAGUAA